AAUGGGGGAAGAAGAGAAAAAAAGAAAAGAAAAGAAGCGCUCUUCUCCUUAUUUUCUACUCACAACUUUCUCAUUUUCCUUCUUCUUCUACUGCUUCCUUCUCUCUCUUCUUCUACUAGAUCUCUGAACUCUCAACCUUCUUCUUUCUCUCUCUACUUCUGCUAGAUCUCUCAACUCUCUCUCUUCUUUAUCUCUCUACUCAUUUGGGUUUUCUUUCUGUGCUGCAGUAGCCUGAGAUAAGGCCAAAAAAAAGAUGGAGUUCUAGAUAGUGAUAGCUUGCGCUGUAAAUUUGGGUGACCAGAACCCUUUAAAUCCUGUGAUCAUUUUCGUUCUCUUUGCAAGAUACCAUCUAGUAAAGACAUGAAUCACUUGACUGUUGAAACCGUGGAUACAUUUUCAAGUCUGCUUGAGGUUUCUGCAAAUAAUGACGUUGAGGCAUUCAAACGAUUGAUUGAGGAUGAUCCAUCUGGAAUUGAUGAGCCUGGGUUGUGGUAUGUCCGGAAAAAAGGCUCAAAACAAAUGGUGUAUGAGCAUAGAACUCCUUUGAUGGUUGCUUCAAUUUACGGCAGUAUGGAUGUUCUGAAAUUGAUUCUUUCUCUCUCCAUUACUGAUGUUAACCGGUCAUGCGGAGAGGAUAGAAGCACUGCACUGCAUUGUGCUGUGUCUGGUGGUUCUGUGAAUGCUGUUGAUGCUGUGAAGUUGCUUCUUGAGGCAGGUGCUGACCAUAAUGCACUUGAUGCCAAUGGAAAUCGUCCUUUUGAUGUUAUUAUGGUCUCACCGAAGCAAAAUGAUAUAAAACUUGCUCUUGAAGAACUCCUUGCUGGUCAUGGUUCAAUUAGUGAGCGCAUAUUGAGGUUGUCAACCACCACUUCAAAUUCGAAUUCACCACCACUCUCCUCUUCACCAGUAAAUGGAUCUCCUUCGUCUUAUUCUGACUCACCACCUUCUCCGAUUAACUCAAAGUUUGAUGAUAUUCAAGCUACAUCUUAUACAUCAGAGAAGAAAGAAUACCCCAUUGAUCCUUCAAUACCUGAUAUCAAGAAUAGCAUUUAUGCAACUGAUGAAUUCCGUAUGUACUCGUUCAAAAUCCGCCCUUGUUCUCGUGCAUAUUCUCAUGAUUGGACAGAGUGCCCUUUUGUUCAUCCAGGUGAAAAUGCUCGGAGGAGAGAUCCAAGGAAAUACCAUUACAGCUGUGUUCCUUGUCCCGACUUUAGAAAAGGAGCUUGUAGGAGAGGGGAUAUGUGUGAAUAUGCUCAUGGGGUUUUUGAGUGUUGGCUACAUCCAGCUCAAUACAGGACAAGACUUUGUAAGGAUGGACCAAGUUGCUCAAGAAGAGUUUGUUUCUUUGCUCAUUUACCCGAGGAACUGAGACCUCUUUAUGUGUCUACUGGGUCUGCUGUUCCCUCACCCCGCUCAAGCGCUUCAAGUUCUAUGGAUUUUGCUGCAGCUAUGAACUUUAUGCCAGGAUCUCCAUCAUCACUUAUGUCUCCAUCAGCUUUCACUCCACCAAUGUCACCAUCAGCUGCUAAUGGAAUUUCUCACUCAUCCUUGGCUUGGCCACAGCCGAAUGUUCCAUCGUUGCGUCUUCCUGGCAGCAAUCUCCAGUCCAGUAGGUUGAGAUCAUCCCUCAAUGCUAGAGAUAUUUCAGCUGAACAGUUUGAAAUGCUGCAAGAUUAUGAGUUGCAACAGCAGCAACAUCUUUUGAGUGAAUUUUCUUGCCUCUCUAUGAACCCUAAUUCUUUGACCCGCUCUAAUGUCCGUUCAAAAACUCUGAAUCCUUCUAACCUGGAUGAUCUUUUUUCUGCUGAAAGUUCGUCUCCAAGAUACAAUGAUCAAGGGAUGGGUUCAUGUCUUUACUCGCCUACUCAUCAGUCUGCUGUUUUCAACCAGUUUCAGCAACAGCAAGGGAUGCUCUCUCCAAUUAACACAAAUUUCUCCCCUAAAGGUGUUGUUGAGCAUCCAUUGUUGUCAGGAAGGAUGUCUCCUCGAAGUGUUGAACCCAUCUCCCCGAUGAGUGCUCGGGCUUCUAUGAUCCAGCGGGAGCAACAGCUUCAUCAGUUUCGCAGUCUCAGCUCUCGGGAUCUUGGAACCAGCUUGGGUGCCAUCGUGGGUUCUCCUGUUCAUUCUUGGUCAAGAUGGGGUUCCUCCAACGGUAAACCAGACUGGGGUACUAACACAGACGAGUUGGGUAAACUUAGGAGAUCUUCUUCUUUUGAGCUUGGCAACAACGGUGAAGAGCCUGAUCUUUCUUGGGUUCAAUCACUUGUGAAAGAAUCACCUACUGACAUUAAGGAGAAGGUUGCAGGGCCUACUUCAACGGGGGUUGACAGUUGUUAUUCAAACGAAUUAGUGGAUAUGGCUGAAAGAUUUUGAUGAACAAUACUAGUUGCCCUUUGCUUUCUGGAUUUUGAUUGGUAGCAACGAGGGUAAGAUAUAGGUAGCAGAAAGAAUGGAGCAAGGUAAGCAGAUAGAAGUUUGCCUUCUUUUCCUAUUUGGUUAGUUGAAUGAUAUUCAUUCUGACAAUAUUCUUGCUAAUGUAGUUAGAAAGGGUGAAAUCUGUUGUAAGCACCAAGUUUCUUUUGAGCCUUGGGUGCUUCUCGGCCAUUAUUUUAAAAAGGCUUGGCCUUGGCCUUGGCCUAGGCCUAGUCGAUUUUGCUUUGUAUGCUUAGCAAUAUGUUUCAUUAAAAGGAACUAUAUAUCUCAUGUAUCUUCCAUCCCCUUUCCCAUUGAAUUCAUUGCCUCAUUUUGUAAACCAUAAACAUGGUGAUAAUUUCUGUACAUCUUCAAUGCAGUUGAUUUCUUCCCUA